AUGAGCAUCUCGGAGAAAACACUCAGGCAGCGGAAGACCGGCGAAGAUGAUAGUCCGGCAGCUCCCGAUCAACCUGCAACCAGCGGAGGCCGAAGACCAGUUGGAUCGGAUGCCAAUCGGCCUAUUGUCAAACUAGGGAUCGCCAGCCUGGCGAUGGCAAUCCUACCGAUCGGGACGUAUUUCGGCACCCUAGGCCGGGUCUUCGAAGAAUCGAACACGACUGCCGCCGCCAUCUCGGCCAUCGUCGUCACCAAUCUCAUCCUCAUCGGCUUCAUCCUCGCCGCAGUCGCCGAAAGCGAUCCCGACACGCCCACCGAAAAACAUCACCUGAGUGCGAAAGACUCGUGA